AUGUGAGAAAUGAUAACUGACUUGGAAUAUCGUGUAGCAAGGGUCUUAAAUUUGGAGGGGCAUCAUUUCUAAAUAGGUCCUAUGCUAAACAUAAGAUAUUAAAAAUGAUAAAAUAAAAAUACAACAAGAUUAGAUGUUUUUGGCCUUCUUGAACCUGCACAUUGUGUCAUGAGUGACCUGGCAAAAAAUGACAGCAUCAAAGCAUCAACUUGUUAUUAUUCAGUUGAAGUGUACAUAAAGCAUAUUUUAAUUCUGAAGUGACCUUCCUGAUAAACAAAAACAUUGACCAAGAAUGUUAUUUUGAAAAUCCUUUAAAUUUAGACUCAAAUUAGACAAGAGUUUGUUCUCAAUAUCAAUCUUUUUAAACAGCUUUAAUAAACUGAAACAACUAUAGAUCAAUAGAAUAAAACAUCACUCUCCCUUUUUAUGGCUUAUUACAUUUAUGCAGUUGAUUUUAAUGGGGGGGAAACUCCACAUUCACACCAACAUGCAAAUACGUUUCACUCAACCAACACUCUCCGGAAAGACGCAAAAGUGUCAUCUCAUCCCUCCCUCCAUCAAUCCACCCUUUUUAAAAGCAGGUCCUGAUCCGUUUUGCAAACCACACCAAGCUCCCAAAGAAGCGCUGUGUGAGGUGGAGAUAAAAGUAUGGACAUGUCCAGUGCUGUGUUUCUUUCCUUAAGCUGGUUGAUCCUGCAAUUAGCUAAUGGGGAACUGGAUUACACCUCUCACGGACAGGGGAUGCAACUGCGGGGCAACUUCACCAUUGCUGGACUCUUUCCUCUCCAUAAGGCAGUUGCACCAAGUGCUAGUUUGCCUGCUUUGGUUCCAUGCGAUGAAGGUCCACCUAACAAACACGGAUUUCACCUGAUGCAAGCUAUGAGAUUUGCUGUGGAAGAAAUCAACAACCACACCGGGCCGCAGCCUCUUUUACCAGGGGUGAAGCUGGGCUACCAGUUGUAUGACACCUGCUCAAAACAGGCCAGUUUCCUGGCUGCACUGGACCUAGUAAAUCAGCAGGAUCAGAGCCCCUUUAUAUAUGGGACAGAGGGAGACACAGACCCAAACUACAACAACAGUCAAAGGGCAGUGGCUGUGAUUGGGCCGGACAGCAGCAGCAACUCUUUCACCCCUGCUGCUUUACUGGGAGCCUAUCUUGUACCAGAAAUCUCUUAUGAAGCAUCAGGGGAAUCACUCAGCAACAAGUUCCUCUAUCCAUCCUUUCUCCGCACUAUUCCCAGUGACAAGAACCAGGUGGCAGCUAUGAUCCAGCUUCUGAUUCAUUUCAACUGGACCUGGGUCGCUCUCUUAGGCAGUGAUAACGCCUAUGGCCUGGACGGAAUGCAGAGCCUGUCCCAGCAAGCACCGCAGUACGGCAUCUGCAUUGCCUACCAAGGAGUCAUCCCCUCGUCCACACCUGACACAGUCCAGACCAGGAGGAACAUGGUAGAAAGCAUGCUGAAGACAAAAGUCAACACCAUUGUGGUCUUCUCCAGCAAGACAAUACUCAGUGGCUUCUUCCCGUAUGUUGUUGAGCGGAACGUGACAGAUAAGGUGUGGAUUGGGACGGAGGACUGGUCGGCGUCCUCUCUUAUAUCAGGGAUAACUGGGAUCCACACCAUCGGCACUGUGAUCGGCAUAUCCAUCAAAUAUGCAGCCAUAUCUGGUUUUAAGGAGUUUGAGAGAAAGGUAUUUCAGGCUUCAAUGCAACACAGUGACACCCAGAAGGUGUCUAAUGUUACCAUGAGCUCAGACAAUGACUGUCUACAGAGCACAGACCUGUACAGCCUCGCCAGAAAUAAUUUUUCGCUGGAUACAUAUGAUCUCACCUCCUGCUUCAAUGUGUAUGAGGCGGUGUAUGCGGUGGCACAUGCAUUGCACCAAGCACUUGGUUGUGAUUCUGGAGAGUGCCAACAGAGGAACGUGUAUCCAUGGGAGAUUCUCUUGCGGCUAAAGCAGGUGCGAUUCUCUCUGGACAACACCUCAGUGUACUUUGAUGCGAAUGGUAAUCCACCUGAAGGAUAUGACAUUGUAACCUGGGUUUGGAGGGGGACGCAAUGGUCUGUCAGACAGGUGGGCUCUUUCCGCCCAGAUCCCAUUAAGCUCAUCAUUAAUGCUGAUCAAAUUGAGUGGCCCAAGACUGGAGGUUCAAGAACAGUGCCGCUGUCCAUCUGCUCUCCACCUUGCCCGAGAGGCUACAAGAAGCUGCUGACAGGCCAACACACAUGCUGCUUCGACUGCCAGGCCUGUCCAGCUGCUACAUUCCUCAAUUCUUCAGAUUCCACUACAUGUCAGCCGUGUCUCCCUGAGCAGUGGGCUCCCCCAAGCAGUGAGCAGUGUCUGAACAGGACUGUCCUGCUGCUCGCCUGGGACGACCCCCUCUCCAUCGCCCUGCUCUUCUUUCUGGCCACCUGUCUUCUCAUGACCUCCAGCUUUGCAAUAAUCCUGCUGGUCAACCUGAACACGCCCGUGGCCAAGUCUGCCGGAGGCCGCACCUGCCUCCUGAUGCUGGCAGCCCUGACUGCCGCCGCUAUGAGCUCUUUGUGCCACUUUGGCCAGCCAUCUCAUCUGGCCUGCAUCCUCAAGCAGACUCUAUUCAUCUUCAGCUUCACUGUGUGCCUGGCCUGCAUCACAGUGCGCUCCCUCCAAAUCGUUUGCAUUUUUAAAUUUGCAUCCAAGCUGCCGCCGGUCUAUGACAAGUGGGCCAAAAAGCAUGGACCAGAGUUUACCAUUUUCCUAUUGUCCGUCACCAUAUUGCUCAUAUCUGUGGUCCGUGUGGCUAUCCACCCUCCCCAGCCGUCCCGGGAUCUUGACUUCUACGAGGACAGCAUUGUGUUGGAGUGCAGUGACACCCUCUCACCUGGUGCAGGCCUUGAGCUGGCUUAUGUGUCAUUGCUUAGCGUCCUCUGCUUCUCUUUCAGCUACAUGGGCAAAGACCUGCCAGCCAACUACAACGAGGCCAAGUGUGUCACCUUCAGCCUCAUGGUGUACAUGAUCUCCUGGAUGACCUUCUUCACUGUCUACCUCAUCAGCAGAAACUCGUUCACCAUGGCCGCACAAGUGUUUGCCACGCUCUUCAGUGUUCUGGCCUUCCUCUGGGGCUACUUUCUGCCCAAAAUUUAUAUUAUUGUCCUGAGGCCGCAAAUGAACACAACUGCCCAUUUCCAGAAUUGUAUUCAAAUGUAUACCAUGAGCAAACAAUGAAGCUUGUAAUUAUUUUAAUUGAUGAAAACUAGUUGAUGUGUAAUGAUGCAGGCCUACCAGGUAAAAUAAUGCGAUUAAGAUAGUUUGAGUGUCACUUUUAAAUCUAUCUAACAACUGAGUUUAAAGUGCUAUUUGUAUAUUUAUAAAUAAAGUAUAAACAUGUUUGGAAGGUUCUCCAGUCAGUGCCGUUUGACCUGGCAUGGCAUUUCAGUCUGGAGUUGGUCCCCGGGCACUGUACAGAGGCUGCCCACUGCUCCCUUCAGGGAUGGGUUAAAUGCAGAGGAUGAAUUUUGCUACAUGUAUGUGUAUGUAACAAAUAAAGUAUGUUUACAUCUCAGACAAGUGCAUGAUUUUGUUCUGAAAAA